CAAAGAUAAUCGCAGCAAUCAUCGAUGGCUGCGAAAAUAUAUAAAGAUGUAUCAACGGAGUAAAAUUGUGAUAGGUAAAAUUUUUGAAGUAUUUUUUGUUAUCCAGAAUAUGUCACUUCAAUCCACCCACCUUAAGGUAGAAUAUGUACCCUUGCUGCAAAUACGGCGUCCAAUUCCACCAGUGCUUGACCACCAAAAGAUUGAUGCCAUGGUGUCCACACUUAACGGUGUACCAAUGGCUUCUGCCACUUGUGGGAUUGAAGACAUUUCUUCUGGAGAAUUACCACCUAUAGAUGUAUUCCUUGUUAGAGAACAAGGAGUGUCGUAUUAUUUUGCAUUUGGUGGAUGCCAUAGGUUUCAAGCAUAUGAUAGAAUAAGUAAUGAAGGUAACAAGGAAACAAUGGUAAAAUGUAAAAUUCUCCCAGCAACAAGGAAAACAUUAAAAGUAUAUUUAGGAUCCUCAGUAGAUGAAAUGUUUGAUAAUUAAAUAGCAAUACUUUGCUGAUACCUUUUAAAGACGCAUAUAUUAGUAAAGUAUAAUAAAUAUUGAUAGCUU